AUGACUAAACGAUGUGAUCCACUAAGGAAGGAAAAUAUGGAAGUGACAAUACUAUUUUUCUUUCUGGUUGCCAUGGCAGCAACUUCCCAAACAAUGUCAAACCCAAACCCAAUUCUCCUUCUCAGGUCAUAUUCCAGUGCUGGCGGUCACCGGAUUCCGGGCAUCGACUGCCUAAGCUGGCGUUUGGCUGUAGAAACCAACAAUCUCCGUCAAUGGAAAUUGGUCCCAGAAGAAUGUGAAAACUAUGUUGGUCACUACAUGCUCGGCAAACAGUACCGGGAUGAUUGCGAUAAAAUGGCAGAGAUUGCUCUGGAGUACGCCGAGAGCGUCGGGCUCGUUGGAGAUGGCAAGGACGUUUGGGUUACUAUGCUCGGUCUGAUGUUGGAUUCGGGUGAGGGCCAUGACUUUAUAAUAUGGUGUAAUUUUUGA